AUGCUUCUGGAGCUGCUGGGAUGCUUCGUCUGCCUCUCUGGAGCUGUCACGCUCCGAGGCGCGAGCCAAGACAAGCUCGGUGUCCCAGCUCUUCCCGGUUUUGUCUACAACCGCAGCGAGAUCUCGAUCAUGAUCCCGGAGACGCGGCCGGUGGUGACGUUGCCCGUCGUGGCGCUGCAAGCUCACAGCCACUUCCCAGAGCUCCAAAUACAGAUCAUGUACGGUGCUGACAACAAGGACUUCGUCCACACACAGAAGACCCUCCUGGAACUGCGGCAGAAGGGCGCGUUGCUGCUGACGCCAAUGCCAGGAGAUGCGUAUGACGUUCAUUCGCUGCCCGACCUUGACAGCCGCAAGACAGCCUACUCCAGGGCUCUCGAGUCUCCGGAGUUCUGGGAGCAGGUUACCACCCCGAAAGUCUUGCUGGCACAGACGGACUCAUGGCUCUGUAAUGGGGCACGACAGCACCUUAAGGACUUCCUCCAGUACGAGUACGUCGGAGCCCCCUGGUCGGAGCACGAGGAGAUGCGCUGCCCAAAGAUUGUGGGCAAUGGCGGCUUCAGUCUCCGAGACAGGGAGGCAAUGCUGAGGAUAACGAGGACUUUUCCCAACAACGAGGGGCUGCCAGAGGACAUCUACUUCUGCAAGCACCUUGCCGACUCGGACAAGCUGGCUCCCGCGGAAGUAGCGGCGAGCUUCUCGCGGGAGCAGAGCACAGCCUCUGAGAAGGUCUCAGGCCCAGCAACUUACAGCCUGGGUGUUCAUCAAGUGCGCCUCGGCCAAAGGAGGCACCGCGCCCUCCGCACCCUCCGCGCGUUCCGCGCCCUCCACGCGCUCCGCGCCCUCCGCGCCCUCCGCACCCUCCGCGCCCCCGCCCAGCCCGCGCCCUCCACGCCCUCCGCCCUUCCGCCCUCUGCACGCUUCGCGCCCUCCGCACCCUCCGCGCCCUCCGCGCCCUCCGCACUCCGCCCUCUCCGCGCCUUCCGCGCCCUCCGCGCCCUCCGCGCGCUCCGCGCGCUCCGCGCGCUCCGCGCCCUCCGCGCCCUCCGCGCCCUCCGCGCCCUCCGCGCCCUCCGCGCCCUCCGCGCCCUCCGCGCCCUCCGCGCACUCGCGCCCUCCGCGCGCUCCGCGCCCUCCGCGCCCUCCGCGCCCUCCGCACCCUCCGCGCCCUCCGCACCCUCCGCGCGUUCCGCGCGUUCCGCGCCCUCCGCGCGCUCCGCGCCCUCCGCGCCCUUCGCACCCUCCUCGCCCCCGCCCAUGCAGGAGAGUGAAAAGGCUUUCGCCUUUGUAGUGUUCAUUGACUUCGUGUGGGCCAGCCCUGGAGCACAGGGCAGCGAGGGCCCAACUGCUUACACAGGAAAGGCGGACAACUACGUUCCAGUCUUUAACAAUUUUCAGCGGGACUACAAGGAGUACCGCAAGCGGGCAGACAUUUACAAAGCCAAGAUGGAUAUGGCUGGCCGUGGAAAAGAGGUGGUGUUUAACCUCGUGACGCUGAUGACUGGAAAGGCCUGGGACUUGGUCGAAGAUCUUCCCCUGGAGGAUAUGGAGAAGCCAGAUGGUUUCAAGCUGCUCUUUGAAAGAUUGGAUCGUGGCUUCAAGUUUGAUCCUUUGACUGAGUUGCCUGACGACUUUGAGGCUUACUUCAUCAAGCUCCAGCGGAAGGGUGGCCAGACGCUUCAGGAGUGGACCGCCGAGUACCUGAGGGCAGAGCGCAGACUUCGCAGGACACACAGUGUAGACUUGCCAGAGAAAGUUCGUGCGUGGUUUUUCCUGAGAAGAAGCGGAGUGUCCAAGGAACAGCGGCAGCUCAUCCUCACGAACGUGGGGGUGGACAACCUGAAUCUGGAGACUGUGUCCAAAGCGAUGAACUUCAUCCUGGGACAGGACUCAAAGCUUGAGGCAGGCCGUGGCUUCAAGAAGGACGCCGUCUUCUACCAGGAGGCCGACUACGACGACUACGACUACGCCUAUGUCGAGGAUGCCGCCUACUACCAGGACGAUGAGGAAGCUCCAUGGGUGGACUCCGACCAGGUGUACUACGAGGACGAGCUGGAUGAGGAGGGCAGCGUUGGCGAGGUCUUUGACGUUGAGGAGUACGACGACGUAUUCGCUGCCUAUGCCGAUGCAAAGUUGCGAUUGAACCAGAUGCGCAAUGCCAGAGGUUUCUAUCCCGUGGUUGCUAUGGUCAAUGCUCCUCCUUCCUCGUCUGCGCCUCGUUCGUCGUCCUCGCGUGGCAAAAGUGGUGGCAAGCGCGGCAAGAGCAAAAGUUCAAGUCCCAAGGGCCGUGGAAAGCAAGGUCCUGUGUCACCUGGCUCUUCGAAAGGAGCCAAGGCGCGGGGCAAAGCAGCACUGGGCCGACAGAUUUGUCUUCGCUGUGGUCAAGCAGGCCAUUGGGCACGCAACUGCCCAGCAGGAGACAAGAAGAGAAAGACUGACGUGGAGGACGAGGUCAUGAUGGUGACGGACGCCGAAAGCAGCGACGCCCUUGUCUAUGCCCUCGACCACGACGACAACGAUGAGGACACGCAGCUUUGCACUACAGCGGUUCAGGAUGGUGGUGCUUCAGCUGUCCUUGGCAGUCUCCUCCACGUGAAGCGUUUCCUGAGGUACCUGCUGGUGAAUGGCUACAACCUAGACGAGUUGGAGGUCUACGAGUGCAACAAGGGUUUCAAGUAUGGCAAUUCGGCCACAGAGGUGACCGAUUUGAGCGUGUUGCUGCCAGUGGUUUUGGGCGGACGCAAGAUGAAGAUCUUGGCCUACGUCAUAGGUGGCAGCGCGCCCCUUCUCUUUGGGCGCCCUAUUCUGGAGCGCCUUGGUUUAGCCGUGGACUACGCCAGCAAGACCAUGAAGUGGCCAGACCAAGACUGGCAGCAGAUGCCAACAGGCAGUCGAGGAGAACAUCUUUUGAACUUGGUCGAGGACUUCUCUUUGCUCCUGGCCGACACCGACUUUGACGAGGUGCUUCUCCCUGCCGACUUUGAGGCCCACGUGAAUGUCAAGAAGAACUUGGGCUACAAGACGCUCUUGCAGGACAACCCCGUGUUUGCAGCCGUGGACGUCGCCGACAAUGCCCUUUGCAACGCCGUGGGCAAGGAUGACCUCACCGAUGGUGACUUGGAUGGCCAUGUGGGGAAUAGCAGCUUGGAGGCUGCGAGCAAGCAAGGCCACGGAAAGGGGAUUGGAGCAAGCUCCUUCACUCCGCCGGUUCGUUUUAGUGACUUGGUGGAGGUUGCCAGUGGCGGCGAAGACAACACGCAGGCCACAACCACAGCAAACCACGACAACCGCCACAACACCUUGACAGCAACCGCAGCAAACCACGACAACCGCCACAACACCUUGACAGCAACCACAGCAAAGCACGACAACCGCCGCAACACCCCAGCAAACCACGACAGCCACAACAACCGAGCAACAGCGACAGCAGACGACAGUGUUUUUGCGGUUCUUUCCAGUGAUGUGGGCUAUAUUGUGCGGAGUCUCCCCAAGGGCAAGCUCACCACAUUUUCCCAUGAGGCCACCAAGAUCGCCAAGAACAUCAAGGGCAUGUUGGGACGAGCAGCGACAGUUCCCAGUGUGGGCCAGAGGACAGUGUGGGAAGUGUUUGCUGGCAAGGGCCGUACAACUUCAAGCCUUGAGAAGAAGGGUGUGCGCACAGAAAGGUUUUCGCAAAAGGAGGGCUGGGAUUUCCUGCGUGCAAAGGAUAGGAAGAAGUUCAUACAGCGAGUUUGUGACGAGCAGCCAGAUGAGAUUUUGCUGAGCCCUAUGAGCAAGUUGUGGUCCCCACUUCAGGAGAUCAGCUUGGCAGCGCAUCCAUGGAGGAAGCGCCAGCUUUGCGAAGACCGACGCCGCAACCACGACGAGAUCUUCACCUUCUGCGCGGUGGUGUAUGAGAUCCAGCGGAAGCAAGGACGGCAUGCUCACCUGGAGCAUCCUUGGACAUCAAGGGCGUGGCGUACCAAGGCUUUCUUCAAGGUCGUUGGCCAGGACACCUACGUCGACCAGUGCCAGUACGGGCUUAAAGUGCCAGACGAGCUGGGCAACAUGGGUUUUGCAAAGAAGCCAACGUGUUUCCGAACCACAAAGCCCUCACUCCACGCAGGCCUUCAACGCACAUGUCGUGGCAAGCAUCCGCAUGUUCAUCCCGAAGGCCGAGCAGCCAACGUGGGAGAACGAAGCAAGUUCGCGGAGGACUACCCGGUGGCCCUUGCGGAGAAGUUGGCAGAGCUCAUGGCUAAGGACGACGAGGCUGACUUUGUGCACGCUGCCGACGACGAGGACACGGGCUACGCGCCGCUGGAGGGUUCCCUGAGUGAGCUCUUCGACGCGCCCGACAAGAAGGAGAACGCCGACACCAAGGACGACAACAGCGACAAAGACCCCGUCAAGGCAAACCGAGCUCUGAGAAAGGAGGUCGGAAGCCAGGCGUUGAACUACGUCGCCAGAUUGCACAAGAACUUGGGCCAUCCUUCUGGUGAGGUCCUUUGCAAGAUGCUUGGCGAGAUUCAGGCCACAAGCGAUGUCAUGAAGGCUGCAGCAAAGUACAUCUGCCCCAACUGCUUUGAGAGGCAACGCCCCCGUGGAGUGCCUCCUGCUGCGGGCUUGGAAGCUCGCCAGUUCAACGACCGAGUAAUGGUCGAUUCGGCCUGGGUUGACACCGACGAAGGCCGAGUGUGCGUCUUGAGCAUCAUGGACCAGAUGACAAGAUAUGUGGCCUUGAGGAUUGUCAACUCUGAAUCCUCAAAGGACUUUAUCAAAGGCCUGGAGCGGUCAUGGGUAAAGCACUUCGGCGUCCCCAAACACCUCCGAGUCGACGAAGCAGCUGGAUGGUCAUCUAAGUUGCUACGUGAGUGGACAAGCGACCACGGGAUCGUGUUGGAGGUCACGCCUGGCGAAGCCCACUCGUGGCUUGGGGCCGUGGAGCGCAGGCACCAGGUGGUGCGACGCAGCCUCGAGCUCUACAUGAAGGAUGCCGGCUCCUUCACCAAGGCAAGGUUGGGAGAAGCUUGUAUCUACGUCCCAGGGCAGGUCAACACGCUUUCAAACGUGCGUGGCUUCAGCCCGGCACAGUGGGUCUUGGGCAAAACACCCAUGACCAGCUGCAGCCUGUCCGGUGAGUACUUUGCCCCCUCUACCCCAGCAAUAGAUGACGUGGGCCAGUUCGCUGAGGCACAGCAGAAGCGCUUGCGAGCUCAAGUUGCCUUCGUCCGCGCCGACACUGAUGCCAAGCUCAGGCGUGCCAUGAACAAGAACUACAGGGAGGGAACGGGCAUCCUUCCUCAAGUUGGACAACGCGUCUUUUUCUGGAGAUUGCAGGGCACCGGCAUUUUGCAGAAAAACAAGUGGCGUGGCCCGGCACGUGUAGUAGCUGUCGAGCGUGACGACCAGGGCAAAGAGCUUGUCUUUUGGCUGGCGCAUGGCACCUCCCUCAUUCGCUGUGCUCCUCACCAAGUACGGUGUCUUGUGGAAGAUGCUAACGUUCGGUUGGCAGCCAACUUGGAAGCUGCCAUGGAGGACCUGCGGGCGCUUCGCGCCCGUGGCACCACGCAGUACAAGGACAUGGCUGUGGCCCCGGACGUCGAGAACGACCUUGAGCCCUCCGACGAUGGCGACUUCGACUAUGCCCCGUCUGAGUGCCCCGACCCGCCCGCCUCUGAUGCAGACUCUGAGCGUGAGCCCGAAGACUUGCCUGUCCUACCUGGCGCCGUGGACCUGGCCUACCAGCAGCUUCGCCGUGCCGAGCGUGAGCGCAGCCCUCGCCGCCAGGUUUCCGCCGCCGAGCCCGAGCCGGCUCAUUCUGAGACCGGCGAGCCUGUCGACAAACGUCCUCGCUUGCACUCCGGUCCUGGUGCUUCUUUGUCUUCGGCUUCCUCUUUUCCCCCUGGAGUUCCUGCUGCCAGCAGUGCCAGCAGUGCUGUGCCAGAAAGUAUUCCUGUGCCCGAUGACGACGACGACCUUUACGUGGACGUGCACAUGGUGGCUCCUGCUGGUGACGGCCUUCCUGAAGGGUGGCUUGUCAUUGAUGGCGAGCUUACCUUGGACGAAGUUUGGCUUGCGCAAAAGGAAGCCAGCGAAAAGACGAUGACAGUGGAACAAAGGGCGCAAAUGAUCGAGGCCAAGAAGGCAGAGCUCACCUCUUACUUUUCGAACUUUGUUUGGCGCUUUUGCAAAGAGGACGAGGAGGACACGAGCAGGACGGUGUCAGCGCGAUGGGUGCUGACAUGGCGCAAGGCGGAGGAUGGAAGCAAUCCUCGAGCGAAAGCUCGGCUAGUUCUUCGCGGAUUUGAAGAUCCGGAUCUGCUCAACAUCGAGAAGGCGGCACCAACAGCAGGCAGACAGUCAAAGCUAGUCUUGCUAGCCCUUGCUGGCAACGCGGGCUGGGAUCUCUACGUGGGCGAUGUUCGUACAGCUUUUUUGAGCGGGGCGGCCUUUGACAGACGAGUCAUUGUUCGCCUUCCCAACGACUGUGGGCCAUUGCUAGGCUUUGGACGUGAGCCCGUGCACAUGGUCAUGCUCAAGUCCGCGUAUGGACUGGCCGAUGCUCCGUUACUUUGGUACAAAGAAGCCGACAAACGACUACACGCAUGCCUUUGGAAGCGCCAUUUCUUGGAUAAGUGCUUCUACAUGUACUACUCCAAAAAUGGCACUCUCCUGGGGUGCGUAGUGCUUCACGUCGACGACAUGUUGGUGACCGGCCUCUCCCAGCACCUUGAGUUUCAAGAGGCCUUGCAAAACCUCAGAAAGAACUUCGAUUUCGGCAAGUGGCAUCAGCUUACACUAGGCAAGCCGGUCGUGUACUGCGGCGGCAAGCUUGAGCUCACCAAGGACGGCGUGGUCCUUGACUACGGCGACUACCUUCGCAAGGUCGCCCCUUUGACGCUGCAGAAGAACCGCGACCCUAAGGAAGCGCUGAACAAGUGGGAAGUGACGAAGCUCCGAGGCUUAAUCGGGGCCUUGCAGUGGCCAGCUGGCCAAGGAGUUCCCACCUUGAGUGCCUCUAUGAGCUUGCUAGCAGCAGAUGUUCCGAAGGCGACCGGCAACUUGGAGAUCAACAAGACCCUUCGCUUUGCCAAAACAAACCAGGCCAAGCUCACCUACGGCAAAGUCUGUGACAACCUCGAGGACAUGUGCAUGGUUGUCUUUUCCGACGCCUCCUUUGCGGUGAGGUCUGACCAUUCCUCGCAGGGCGGCUACUUCGUGGUGAUGACUUCGCCUAAGAUCCUCGAAGGGGAGACAGUGCCAUAUUCUUUGCUGAGCUGGAGAUCGUUCAAACUCCAACGUGUAUGCCGAAGCAGCCUUUCCGCGGAGUCGCAAGCUGCUGCCACAGCCCUGGACGAGGCCUACCUGCUGCGGACACAGCUCUCUUUGCUCCUGGACCCCCGACAGGAUCCAGCAGCAGAAGCUACAGCGAAGUGGCCUGGCUCCGUGGUCUUAGUCGUGGACGCCAAGGCCCUCUACGAUGCGCUGCGCAAGCCCGGCUUCACCUCCAGUCAAGACAAACGAACGGCGGUGGAAGUGUUGUGCGUCCAGGAGGAGAUCCGCCGAAUGGGUGUUAUCCUGAGGUGGGUGAGUUCCGAGAGGAUGUUCGCCGAUGGUUUGACGAAGUUGGCCACCCGUCAGUCCUUUGCUGAGAUGCUGCGCAGUGGAAAGAUGAGCAUCACCUACGACGAAAACUUCAAGGCUGCCAAGAAGAAGACUGCAGUUGACCGUGAGCAGGCCCAGCAGAAAGCAAGUGGAGGCGCAACUGGCCGAUCCCAACACUAUGGGUCAAGGAUCGCCCGACACCUCUCCUAUGUCCUCGCCCUGGAGUGCGCCGACCACGUGAACGGCUACAAGUACGAGGACUUCCAUGGCUUUCGCUUCACAGAUUACCGGGUUGAGGGCGUGUUCUUGCUGACCUUCCUCAUCACCGUUGGCGCCCUCUUCCUCGGCUACAAGAUCCUCUGCAUGAAGCUCACGGUCCCGGUCACGAACGUCAAGGUGAAGGACAAUCAUGCUCAGACUACAACGAUGACUACGAGAACGGUGGGCAUGCAGACCGAUCCAACGAAGCAGGAUCGCACGAUGCAGUACCAAGCUAUGCGUCUUCGUGAGUGCGACGGCGAGAUUGAGCGCAUGCGAGAAUGGAACGUGCAAGUUCGCAAUGAGUGCACAGGCGGCACUCAGAUGAACACUGCUCCCGGCUGCUGUCAUCCACACGGCAUCCGGAGCUACAGGAACUUGCUGCGCAGGUUGACCGGCUGGACUCUGGAGCAGAUCCAUGAAUACUUCGAGAGCGAGUGCCCUGGAGUCAAUUUGACUAUAUCUCUGCCCAGUCUGGAGGUGUUUGACCGUGAUGGCACCCUGAGUGAAGCCCGCGUCCAGCAGUGGAAGAAUGAGUUCUUGCCGAAGAUGGUCGCGUUCGGGGAUCAGAUCGAUGGCGUCCUCGGAUGCGUUGAUUCCACAGGCGUCAUGCUGAGCGCAGGCACCUUUGUCGACUCAGCCCUCGCCCGUGACCCAAACCCAGCCAGCGGCGAGAAAACAGACGAGAUGCGGAAGACUGCUCACGAGCGCAGCUCCCGGAAUGUCAAGCCAGGAGGCAGCCCCACGCACCGCCUCCCAUCGCGGAGUAGCGGCUCAAGCGAGGUACCCUUCCGCCGCACGGAGGCCGUGUUCAUUCGGCGGCAGAUGGAGAGAGCGCUACGCUCAACUGGAUCCAGCGCUAGUCGCGAGGACUUCAAGCGGGCCUCCACCGCUCAGAUGCAGCUUGCGCACAAGCUCCGCCACAUGGGUUUUUCUGCGGCCGGUGACAAGGGCUUGCACGACGCUGUGCCCAGCGACGAGUUCUCUCUGCCGAAGGCUGCGGCGCGGUCUUUGGCGCAGUCGGACUUGGCGCGGCGUGCCUUUCGGGAGGCCCUGCAAUGUGGGAUGCUGCGCCCGCGCACACUGAAGGUGAUGUUCGUCGGCCAGGGAAGGGCUGGGAAGACUUCGACAUUGAAAGCCCUCACCGGACAGGAGUUCCAGGAGUCGGAGGUGUCGACCCACGGACUUUCAACUGCGCUGCCGCUGGUAAAUACCGAGGCAAAGCUGGGCGUGCAGUCUUCCUUUGUGAGUCAGUGGCAGCUUGUGGACCGCAGCGAGCAUGAGAUCCACGGCGCGGAGCUCGAGCGCAGCUGCGCUGCCUUCGUCGCCGAGCGCCUGGCGGGCGGCGUGCCCCCGAGACAAGACGAAGGCGACCAGGACUUCGAGGACUUGCCGGAGGAUGUGGCAUCGAAGAUGCCUGUUGACAUGGUCGCCCAAAUCAUUCAGGGCGGCGAUGAGCUCAGAGAGGAGCCAGUGAUGCUGAAGACAUGGGAUUUUGGCGGCCAGCGUGAGUACUAUGUCAUGCACCACCUGUUCCUUACCAAUCGCGGGAUCUACAUUGUCGUGACCCGCAUGGAUGCAUGGCUGGCGUCCUCGCUGGACACCGACGCCGAGAUCGAUGCGUCUGCGGCUGAGUCGGAUGGCAAGUUCGAGCCGCCUUUGGACGCUCUGACAUUCUGGCUCUCCUCCAUCCACGUUCAUGCUCCCGACGCACUUGUUUUUAUCGUGGGCACCCAUGCCGACGUCAUUGCGGACCGCCGUGAGGAGGUGGAGGCUCGGAUUGAAGAAGAAAUCGUGAGCCUCCUGGAACGCGUGGGAGGUCUCGAGCAGCAGGUCGUGGUGAAUGGCGAGGCUGGGCUCUGCUUCUUUCCCGUCGACAACACGGGAGGUGAUGCGCCCGCCUCCGGCAUUCCGGAGCUCCGCGCCGCAGUGGAUCGGGAGGCCGCCGCCUCCCUGGCUCCUGGCGGGCGCUUCGCGCAGGAGCUUCCUUUGCCCUGGCUUCGGUUGCGAGACAUCCUGGAAGAUGCCGCUGAAGGAAGCACCGGGGAAGAGAAUGAGCUUCCCCCCUUCACGGCCACCUUCGUCCUUCCCCUGGCCAAAGUGCAGCAGCUGGGCGAGGAGGCCGGAAUUCCUACGAGGGAAGAGCUUCUCGAGUGCCUCCGGUGCUUGCACGACUUCGGAAGCAUCGUCUUCUUCGAUGAGGAGGGGCUGCGGGAGCACGUGGUGCUGAACCCGCAGUGGCUCGCCAACGCAAUGGCACACGUCUUGAACUGCCCUCGGGUCGUGCAAGGAAGUGUUGCUGCGGCACGCCGGCUCCGCGAGAAGGGGCAGCUGGAGGAUGAGUUCUUACGCCGAUGUCUGUGGAGGGCACACAAGUUCCGGCAGCACCACGACGUGCUUCUGCAAGUCCUCUACCGUUUCGACCUCAUCAUCCCUGGCGAGGGGACCCACGUGGUGCCCUCGCUACUGCCUUGCUCCCCACCGCAGCCGGCCUUGCCGAUGCAGCCGGGCGAGGCCUGGAACUUCUUGUUCUUUGACUUUCACGGGCUCCUGUGCCGCCUGCUGCCAACGCUUUUCCCCAAGCUGCUGGCCUCCUCCUGUCGGCAGGAGGGAGUCGCCAGAGUCGGCUCCUUGGGACUCUUCCGAGACAGUUUCCGGCUGCUCUGGAAGGGCGAGGAGCUGACGAUGGAUCUCCUGCCACCGCAGCGGCCGCAGGUCGUCCGCGUCGCUGCGGAGGGGCGAGGCCUCGAUUUGGUCACCGUGCAGGGCCUUCUGGAUCUACUCAAGGCCACCCUUGCGCAGAAGAGCCACCUAGCCUUCACAGCCGGCGUGCUCUGUGAGCACUGCCACGCACAGGGACGAUCCCAGGCUCAGCGGCAUCACGUAGUCGAUGUUGCCGAGCUCCUUGCCGCGGAGGAUCGAAAAGUGCCCUGCCGCUUCUCGGCGCGCGCUGUGACGGUGCCGGAUGGCUGCUGGGCGGCUGAGUGGAGGGAGCAGUUGCUUGCCAAACGCCCGCCCUCACCGCGAGAAGGGUUCGCACGCGGCUUCGAUACGCCGACAAACGCGUCGACGGACACUUUCGAAAGAACACCGCGUGGAGAUGUGGUGCACCUGUUGUAUGCCUCCCCACUCUGGCGAAACGGCGAGGGUGGCGGCUUCGAGUUGCCGCAGCUGGAUGUGCAGCAGGAGGCCUUGAUGCUUUCAGAACUGGUUGGCGAGGCUCUAAGUCUGGGCCUUGCGACAUCGGCGAAACUCACGGACGUGCUGACGUCUCCGGAGGUCGGCGCUGCGAACACUGUGCUGCACCUGUCCCUCCAUUGUGCAGACUCGGGACAGGCCCUCCUCUUGGAGGACGACUUCGGGGGAGCUCACGCAUUCUCCUUGGAGGACUUGCGGGGCCUCCUGCAAGCUGCGGGCGGCGCAGCGCAUCUUUCGUUGAUUUUUCUCCAUGCCUGCUGCAGCAGCUUGGCUGGUGAGGCCUUUGUGGAAGCAGGAGCACGGCAUGUUGUUUGCUGCCAGGGCUCAGUCUUUGAUGCUUCGGCCCAGGCAUUCACAAAUGCAUUCUAUCGAGCCUUCGUCGCUGGCAAGAGCCUCCAGCAAGCCUUUGACCUCGCCUGCGUCGCGCUGCGCUCCGCGCCGCAGCCGGGACUCCGAGCGGAGGCAGAGAAGUACCUCCUUCUUCCUCGAGACAGCGAUGAGCACGAGCGCACCUUUUUCGACCUCGCGUGGGGCGGCCAAGGAAGCUGUCUCCAUCACGAGCGGUCCCAGAUCAUGUUGCCGCCACGGGUAGAGGACUUUUGCGGACGAAGCCGCGACUUGUGGUUGCUGUCACAGCGAUCGCAGCGUCGCUGCGCCGCCAUCUUCGGCCCGGCUCAGGUUGGAAAAUCGGCACUUCUUUGUGAACUUUGCCGCUUCCUCGGUGCCCGCGGACGUCGCUUUGAUGGGCGAGCCGUGUACGUUAGCACGGCUGCGGAGGAGGUAUCUGAGCCGCAUGAGGAAGCAUCGGUGCUGGCGCUGCUCCGAAAAUUGGCUCUUGGAGUGCGUCCCGCGAGCGAGAUGGAGACGGACGGUUUCUUCGUGACUUCCAUGGAGCAAUCAGAGGACGAGGCGUUUGCGUCCUUGUCCUCCAUGAGCAUCUCAAGUCACAGCGAGGCCCGCAUCUUGCGGAGUCAGAUCGUCCAGCGCUUUCAGCGGCUGGAAGCCACUCGGGCGCCCGUCCUCCUGGCCUUGGACGACCUGGACCCCAUCAUGGCCAGCGCGGAGGGUGCAGAGGAGCUGAGGAAGGUCCUGACGGAGCUGCUGCUCCGCACGGAGCGCCUCGAGAUCUUCCUGGGCGCCCGCGAGGCGCCUUUUCGGGCGCUGGGGGCGCACAAGGUGGUCGGGUACUCCCUGGAGCCACUCAAAGCCAGCGAGGCGGCGCGGCUAUUUCUGUGGAGGGUCCACAGGCCCCUGGUGAUGUCCGACUUCUCCCAGGCCAUGAGCGGUGGUGAACAGGGUCCUCCUUCUCUCCUUCCGCUGAUCAUGACGGCUCAGAACCGAGGCAUGGUGUUGCAACAGCUCGCCAGCCAUCCAGUACUCUCGCUUUGCGGAGGCUUGCCUGGUCGACUGCGGGCGGCUGCCGAUUUUGUCCUGCCGGGGAACGGGACGUUGUUUGACAUCCAUCAGCAGCUGCUCUCCACAGCCGGCGAGGACAUCCAUCAGCAGCUGCUCUCCAGAGGCGGCGAGGACUUGAUAGAGCAAAAAGGGAGCGCAACCACCAUCGCCUUGGUUUCGUCUUGCUGCGCCACCGAGCGAUCGGGAUUCGAGCCUGUAGGCCCGGGAAUCUUUGUGAUGGAGGCUCGCUGGCAGCUGCUCGAGCCCGCGGAGGGCGCGCCGCGGCCGGCGAAGCGGGAUAUGCACAGCGCCGUCGUCGACGCGGCCUCGCGGCGACUCCUCGUCUUUGGCGGCAGCGCAGGGGUUGGCGACUACCUGAACGACGUCUGGGCCUUCGGCCUCGAGGCGAAGACUUGGGAGGAGCUGGGCACGGCCGGGCCUCGGCCCGCAGCGCGAGUCUGGCACUCCGCGAUCCUGGACCCCACGGCCCGGGCGAUGCUCCUCUUCGGGGGCUUCCGUACAGGCGACGACGCCUGGGCCUUCGGCUUGGAGGCGCGGGGCGGCGGAGAGCACUGGGGAGGAAGGGAGCUUCAUUCCGCCAUCUUCGACCCCAAGGGCCGGCAGAUGGUGGUCUUCGGGGGCCAAGGAGGUGAUCUGAUUCUGGAUGAUGUGUUCAUCCUGGAGCUCCAGGCGCGCGGCGCUUGA